AUGACCAAGCAGCUGGGCUCAGCACACAACGGUACGCCAGAGCAGCCACUGAAAAUCGAGAGGGUUCGCGCCUGCUCGAUCGCUCUCUCUUCGGGAUCAUCGCUACUAGGCAACCUCGAGUGGUCGGAGCUGGGCCAAGCAUUGGUAGUGACGAAUGAGGCCAUCAUCGUCCUAUCUCCUCUGGUUGGCCUGAAUCCCACGCUGGCGGGACAAAGCCGCACUCAAGAUGUCGAAUGUCAUCCGAGUUGGCAAGAUCGCUUCCCGCACUCGGUCGCACAAGUCAACAUCAAGACGUUUCUCGAGCAUGAAACUUCCGUACGGCGCAGAAUAUUGCUCGAGUCUGAUCAUUCAUCAAUCGAUGCGCGAUUUCUGAGUGCUCAAUGGUGUUCAGCGAGCUGGUCCAAACCUGGCAUGGGUCCACAUCAAAGCUGUCUCAUUCUUGCCACUAGCUCGGAGCUGGAUCUCUUCGUACUCGGUGCUCCUCACAAUGCGUGGACUGGAGAAUGGAAGCUGUUGCAGGCGGUCAGUCUGGACCCUGUUUCCGCAUCUGUGAAAUACACUGCUGCUCCACCCCCUCGCGACAACGACAAGGGGGUCUUUACGCGGCCACGUGCCCUGCUACGCAAACAGCAGAUGGCAACAGAAGUGAUCUGUGCUUCGUGGAUCAACCUGGAGGUUGCAGCUCGGCGACACGCAGAUGCCUCCGAGCCUCUGCAACUUUCGCAUUCGUCGUCGACCUACAUUGUCGCCGGUACUCGAUCAGGCCAUAUUGGCAUCUGGGAAUGUGCUGCCGUCUCCGGCCACUGCACUUUCGUCUCGACGACAUCCGUGGGUAGCACAGGUAUCGAACGGCUACUUGUCUCAACUCAUGUUGGCACCAAAGCUACAAACAAGAAGGCUACGAUUGCAUUCCAAGACGCAGACGGUGUGAGGCUUUGCGACGUUGUUGUUGUCGAAGGUCGAGCUCAUGUGCAGCUUUCCAAAUCGCCGCCCAUCAGCACCGAGCACUAUAUGCUCACAGCCUGGAGGUGGUAUAAAGAUCUGCUCGUGUAUUCGACCAUCGGAAAGAUGCACGUCUACGAUACAAAGAUCGGGCGAAGUAGGACCAUUCUUCUUGGCACAGAGCCGGACAGCGGCUUUGACCCAUACGCUCCCACUAUCUGCAUUAGCAUUUCAUCUGGCCCACAAAACAUCAUCCAUGUCGUGCGACAAGACCUGCGCGAGUACCGUAUAAGCUUGGUCCAAGCCGAACAGGCUCAGCCACUGCCCAACACCGUGCGGCCCAUAUAUCCACCCAGCCUCACUGGUUAUCCACCAUUGACCGAGGUAUUACAACGUAAGCACGACGGCCAGCAAGCCUUCGUGGGUUAUGCCUCUGACAUCAGCUCUCAAUGUUCUGCCGCUUCUAUCGUUGGUGCGGUCCGUACCAAUGAGCGACUCGCUUUUCUAGGUUACAACGUGUCUGAAAACCUCUGUUACCAGAUGGAGCUAAUACGUUGCGGCGACAUGACCCCUUCAUCACUCCUCGCUGAGGCUCUAAACCGCGUUGCUUCAGGAACCCGGCCCUAUCUGGCCGUGCGCAUCGUUCUCACUCUCCUAUACACGCGCGAGCAGCAAGACGUUUUCCGAGAUCAGCUCGUUCUCGCAGUCGAGAAGAGCUGGACUGCUUUGGCGGGCGCAUCUGCUAUCAAAAACCAACAAUCUGGGCAAGCUACGACCCAAAAAUGUGCUCUUCAGCAGCAGCUACUCUACCUUCUGGCCUGUCGUUUACAGGAUACAUCGUCAGGUGCGUCGGCGCAAUUCGAGUCGUUGCAGAAGACUCACCGAGACAAUGUAAGGCGUAGUUGGCUUGAGGAACAUGCGAGUGCCUCUGCGGUGACAACCGAGCAGUGUGCUGCCUGUGAGACGCCGCUGGCGGCCUCCGGGGACGAGGACCCUCAAGGUCUUGGAUGGGCCCGGUGUCAGAAUGGUCACGUUUGGCCUCGGUGCUCGGUAAGCUUGGCCACCAUCUCAGAUCGCAAAGUACGUGUCUGCACCGGAUGCUGGGCUAAAGCUAUCGUGCCAGAUAAGCCCGGGCAGAGCUUUCGUCAAGCUUGCAUACUCAAAACAGCCACCAAGUGUUUGUAUUGUGGCAGUUGUUGGAUUGUACGGUGA